AUGAGUGUAAAUGGGCCUAUGUUCUUGAAAGCGGUAAAUUGUGAAGGUGAAUUCAAAGAUAAAUUUUUCAUCUCGGAGUUAAUCAAGGAGACCAUUCAAGAGGUUGGACCCGAUGAUGUGGUCCAAGUUAUUACCGAUAAUACUCCUGUUUGUAGGAGUGCAGGAUUGCUUGUUGAAGUCCAAUUUCCAAAACUAUUUUGGACUCCUUGUGUGGUUCAUACCCUCAACCUUGCUUUGAAAAAUAUUUGUGCGGCCAAAAAUAACGAUGCCAAUGAAGUUGUUUUUUUAGAAUGCCAUUGGAUUACAACUAUUAUCGAUGAUUGUAUGUUUAUUAAAAAUUUUAUAAUGAAUCAUUCCAUGAGAUUGGCAAUGUUUCAUGAAAAUGUGAAAUUAACCAUGCUUUCUAUUGCGGAUACACGUUUUGCUUCAAUGAUUGUGAUGCUAAGAAGAUUUAAGCAAAUAAAAUGUGGUCUCCAAGAAAUGGUGAUGAGUGAUUUUUGGACAUCUUAUAGGGAAGAUAAUGUUCAAAGGGCUUUAACUGUCAAGACAAAAAUAGUAAGUGAUGAUUGGUGGCGAGAUAUUGAUUACAUAAUUAACUUUACUGAGCCAAUCUAUGACAUGCUUAGGAGGGCCGAUACGGAUAUUCCUUGUCUUCACUUGGUGUAUGAGAUGUGGGACUCCAUGAUAGCUAAAGUGAAGGCCGCUAUUUAUCAUCAUGAAAGAAAGCAAGAGCAUGAGGAGUCUCCAUUCUUUUUGGUGGUGCGCGAAAUAUUAAAUGCUAGAUGGAGUAAGAGCAACACACCCCUUCAUUGCUUUACACAUUCCUUGAAUCCAAGCUAUCAUUUUGUCACUUCUAAGUUUUAUAGCACACAAUGGCUUCAAGAGGCUCCCAAUCGUGUUCCUCCACAUAGAGAUCAAGAGAUUUCAAGUUUAAAAGAAAAUUGCUUCCAAAGGUACUUUACUAAUGAUAUGGAGAGAAGGAAGAUUAAAGAAGAGUAUGCUUGUUUUUCGGUGGGUUUUAGAGAGUUUGGAUCGGUUGAUUCCUUGAAUGAUAGAGGGCUUAUGGAGCCAGCAAUUUGGAGAACUCCACAAUAUAAUGUGGGUGAAACUAAGAUGUGGGAUGUUGGGGGAGAUGCAUUUGAUUCAUUAGAAGGUAGUGGAAUACUUGAGAUUGCAAAUCUUUCACUUGAUGAACCGGACUUGGAGGCCAUGAUAUUUACCGAUGAGGGAGAUGGAAAUGACGAUGAGUUUCUAGAAGAUCUAACUUAA